AUGGAGAACGCCUGUCUCCGGGCGUCGAUGAGGAGGAAGACCCGGAGAACGGCGGCUGCCCGGUCCAAGAGAACUGCCCAGCGCCCCGGGGCAGCCUCCCUUUGUGCAGUGAAAGAAGAGAGGCGGCAGACGGCGGCGCCUCUCGGAACGGUUGGCAGGAAGUUCCGCGAGCUCCAGGCGCUGGUGCCCGGCGGGGAGGGCCUCCAUGCUGACCAACUCUUCCUGCGCACGGCUGGCUACAUCUUGCACCUCAAGCUGCAGGUGCACCUCCUGCGUGCCCUCUCCGAUUUUCAGGCCCCUUGA